UAGACACAAACUUGAUUAUGUAUGUGCAAUUUUGGAAAUUGACCAUAUUAUAGAUGCAUGCAGAAUUACCUUAGAGAGUAAAGAAAGGAUUUGAAGUGCUGCACUUGUACUUCUGCACAGUUUUAAUAUAUAUAGAUGUAUACCUCUGAAAGCGUUUGAAUAGAUAUUAGGGUGAUCAUGACUGUGUUGUCAACAUGUGCUUGACAUACCAUCAUUGGGUUGAAGAUUCUUCAAAAUGGAAAGGAUGUUCUAGAUCAAUUCAAACAGAAUUUGUCCAACAGUUGUUUUAUAAUUAUGUCAAACUUUUUAAGAUAUCCUCCUAGAGAAGAUGCCCCUAGUGGCAACUGAGAUCAUUUAGAUGCUUCAUUGGGAUUUUCAUUCUAAGUCUUCUCCAAAGAUAGUUGAAGAAGCUGGUGGCACAGUUACUCGCAUGGAUGGUGGAAAGUUCUGUGUGUUUGAUAUAUUUUUUUUAGUAUCCAAUGGUGCACUGCAUGAAAAGCUUUUGGAGAGAAUUGGACCUGCAACAGAGAAAUUGAAGAGCAAAGGAAUUGAUUUCUCAUUGUGGUACAAGCCUGAAAGUUUGCAUGCAGAUCUUUGAGAUGGCCAGAUUUCUGUUUGCUUAUUACGGACUCUGCUAAAAAAAAUUGCUGCAGCUCAGAUUUUAUCAAUAAAAGUAUUAAAAGAGAAAUAAAAGGGAGUUCAAUUUCCCUGAUCUUGAUAUAGAGCCAUGGAUUUGCAAGCAAUCCACACAAACUUUUUGUUGAAUUUUCAAGGACACAGAAGAAAGGAUGAAAAUGAGACUAUGAUGCUGUUGACUGUGAAGAUUCCAUGAAGAUGCUGAUGAUGGAGGAAAUGAUU